AACUCAAAAUAGCUCUCAAAGAGAAAGAAAAAGGAAAGAAAAAAAAAAAAACAUGGCAGGCAUUCUUAAAUUCCUUCUCAUUCUACUUGCCAUUAAUUUCUACACAUCAGUUGGUAGAGAGCUCAAUGAAAAAUCCAGCAGUACUUCUGCUUAUCAAGAGUUCAUAAAAACUUCAUGCGGUGCAACAACUUAUCGGAGUCUUUGUAUCAGCUCUCUUUCCUCUCAAGCAAGCUCAAUCCAAACAAGUCCUAAGCUUCUUGCCCAUGCAGCUCUCAAUGUGACACUUUCAGCGGCUAAAUCAACCUCCACAAUGAUGUACAAGCUCUCUCAGAGCCAUGGCAUGAAGCCUAGAGAGGUCCAAGCCAUGCGCGACUGCAUCGAAGAACUCAGCGACACCAUUGAUGAGCUCAGGAAGUCUAUUAGGGAGAUGGGGGAAAUUAACAGCUCUAAUUACGAGCUCACGAUUAGUGAUAUACAGACAUGGGUAAGUGCUGCUUUGACUGAUGAGAGCACCUGCAGUGAUGGGUUUGCAGGGAAUUCUAUGAAUGGGAAUGUCAAGACUGCUGUUAGGGGACAAAUUGUGAAUAUUUCACACUUGACCAGCAAUGCCUUGGCCUUGUUCAAUAGUUAUGCAUCUCUUCAUGAUUAGUUUACCAGAGUAAUUAUUAUAUUAAAUUUAUGUAAUAUAUCGAAUAGAAAGUGUGAUGCUCCUCAAGGAUCCAGGGCAAGUUGUGUACUGUCUUUGUGUAAAUUGUGUAUUGAGUGAUAUAUAUGUAAACUCAGCUUCAUUUUGUUUUGUUUA